CACACACAUAAAUAAUUUCCUUACCGCCACUAGGCAAGCCAGCCACGAUCCCUCCAGUCCACUCCAGCCCUCGCCGGUCGCCGCCACGACCGAUCCCGCCAUGGCGACGGCGCCGCCGCCGCGGCUCCUCCUCCUCGCCCUGCUCUCCUGCCUGAGCCUCGUCUCCGCCGCCCCGUCGCUCCGGCCGCUCCCGCGCGCCGACGACGACGACGGCCUCGCACGGGCCACCGGCAGCCCCUCGUCGCCUUCGGGGCGAGGCGUGGGCGCGCGGACGUGCUGGUACACGGUGCAGAUCAAGACGAGCUGCUCGUCCCCGGCGCGCACGUCGGACGCGAUCAGCCUGGCGUUCGGGGACGUGUACCGCGACGAGGUGUACGCGGCGCGGCUGGGCGGCGCCGCCGGCGCGUUCGACCGGUGCGCCACCGACACGUUCAAGAUCGGCGGGCCCUGCGGGUACGGCGUCUGCUACCUCUACCUCCGCCGCGCCGGCCGCACCGGGUGGACGCCCGAGUGGGUGAGGGUGUACGAGCCCACCGCCCCCAGCGCGCCCUCCACCUUCCGCUACGGCGACCCGCUCCCCAACAACGUCUGGUACGGCUUCAACCGCUGCCCGCGCCUCGCCUCCUCCACCUCCACCUCGUCGUCGUCUCCUUCCUCUGGCGCUGGUGCUGCGCAGGCGAUGUAGCCAUGGUCGGAGCAGGUCGUGCGGCUCGUGUAUGUAUGAUGGUUUGUGGAUCGAGUACUACAUGUGGAUUCAUUUCUGCUGUGCGUGAGUGAUUGCGGCGUGCGCCUGCAAUAAUCCCGAUCGAGAUGAAAUGCUAUAUGGUACCACGAAUAAAACCUCUCUGUUUUUUGGAAUCA